ACUCGCGUCCCGGGCUCGACGCGCCGAGCGGAGUCCCCGGUCCGGCAUUCACUCUUUGGAAGUUGUUGUGAUUUGAACUGUCCACGUUGUGUUUGGAGAACACCGCGGGGAACGUGGCAUUAGUUGGGCUUCUUCCGAGGGAACUUUGCCUCCUCCUCCUCCUCCUCCGCCGCCGCCGCCGCCGCUAUGGUGACCGAACUGGUGCGAACAAAAACCAACAGUGCAGCACAGCGACGUGCGAGAAAAGAGCUCCGCGAAGUAGUUAAGAGAAGCGGAGGGGGAACGAGGUGGAGAGUGGACUUUCUCCCGGGCCGAGCCCUGUGGGCGGUGUGCCAGCGGCCGUUGGCGCCACAGGGCGGCUGGACGGUCACUAGGCCCCGAGGGGAAUCGUUCUCAGAUAUUCUGCUCUGCUGUUCUAUGAUUCAUGCUUCUCUACAGGUCAUUCCUCUGCAAACUGUACGUUCACACCAGGUUUGCAUUCUGACCUGCAGGCCAAUGUAAGUCGUGUUGAGUGACUGCGUGUGAAAGAGGGACCACCACUAUCCUCAUGUCCCAUGGAGGAGGCUUUCAUGGACGCACUGAGCGUGUCCGCCAGGCGCCCCACUAUGAUCAGGUCCCACACGGCUCCUUACCCCGCGAAGACUCCUAUUAUCUGCAGCCGCUGAGAGAGCAGAGACUCCCUCAUCUUGCUCGGAGUGCAGACCCCCUUCCGCCACCACCCCUGCCAGAGCAGCCUCCGGUGGGGCCUGAGUCCGACCCCAGCGGCAGCGAGGACAACGGCGACCCAGACCACGACCCCGCUGUAGACAUCAAGCCAGUCCACCGCUUCAUCCCUGACUCCUGGAAGAACUUCUUCAGAGGAAGCAACCGCAGCAGUAGCGGUCCAUGGUCCAUGCCUGCCUCCUCCUGUAACAACAACAACAGUACCACUGAGGGGGUGCGCUGCUCUCCGCCGCACUCCCCCUCUGUUCCUGGAUCGUACCGGGAUCCCUAUGGGGGCUCAGGUGGCAGCUACAACUCCAGAAAGGAGCUUCUGGAAGCACAGGAUCCUCAAGAUUCUGUGUCGGGGCGCACCUACCGGACAGGUCUGACCUACAGCGAGCGAGUGGAGGAGUAUCAUCAGCGCUACGACUACAUGAAGUCCUGGUCGGGGCUGCUGAGGAUUCUAGGCUGCGUGGAGCUCCUGCUGGGAGCCGCUGUGUUCGCCUGCGUCUGUGCCUACAUCCACAAAGACAACGAGUGGUUCAACAUGUUUGGAUACUCGUCUCCCGGGGGAGCGUACGGAUCCGGUUACUUUGGCGCAGGCACAGGCGGGAGCUACUACUCAGGCCCCAAGACCCCGUUUGUGUUGGUGGUGGCUGGGCUGGCCUGGCUGGUGACUGUGAUUGUAUUAGUGCUGGGAAUGACCAUGUACUACCGCACCAUCCUGCUGGACUCCAAGUGGUGGCCCCUGACAGAGUUUACCAUCAACCUGGCCCUGGCAUUGCUGUACAUGGCAGCAGGCAUCGUCUAUGUCCGCGACACAACUCGUGGAGGGCUCUGCUCCCUCCCAGUCUUCAACAACGGCAUUAAUGGGGCGUUCUGCAGAACAGAGGCUGGCCAGACAGCUGCCAUCAUCUUUCUGUUUGUCACUUUGCUCGUGUACCUGAUCGGAGCCAUCGUGUGUCUCAAGCUGUGGAGACAUGAAGCUGCACGCAGAUACCGGGAGAGGUACGGCCAGGAGAUGCUGCCCUCUGAGAUGCAAGCUGCACGUUCAUUGGUUGCUCCAGCUCUUGCUCACAAAACUCCAGAAGAAGACUCGUCAGUCUUUCCCAUCCAGGCGGCUCCAAAAGCAGCUCCAGCAAAGAUUUUACAGGGAGCUAUUCCAUCGGGACACAUUCCAAAACCUGUUAUCGUGCCCGACUAUAUUGCUAAGUACCCAUCAAUAAAGACGGACGAGGAGCGGGACCAGUACCGAGCUGUGUUCAACGACCAGUAUGCAGAGUACAAGGAGAUCCACUCGGACGUGCAGGCCACCGCCAAGAAGUUUGACGAGAUGGACGCCAUGAUGCGCAGUCUGCCCCAGCACCCCACCAGCCAGAUGGAGGUUGAUCGCAUCUCCAGAAUCCUUCAGGAAUACCAGAGGAAGAAAAAUGACCCGACUUUCCUGGAGAAGAAGGAGCGCUGCGAGUACCUGAAGAGCAAACUCUCUCACAUCAAGCAGAAGAUCCAAGAGUACGACAAAGUCAUGGAGUGGAACGACGGAUAUGAAUAGACCCCUGAGGCGUCGCUACCCUGGAACACCACUGCACACAAACAGAACUAAUGCUGACGGCUAAGCAGGUCCUGCCGGUGAACAUAACAUUUUCACCACAGGGUGAAACCUAGUCGAGAACACAGGAGCACCAGAGGGAAUUUCGGCCUGCUUUCUCUUUCUAAAUCUUGGGACAAAUGUUUAUCAGCAGUUUUUUUUGUUUGAGUUAAUUUAAAGGCCACACAUAGAACCAAAGGGGUAGAAUGUGUAAUGCUUAAAGGAAUAUGUCUUAAUGAGAAAUCUUAGCCUACCACAAAGACUACAUCGUUCACAACUAACACGUUACAUCUUGUUCUCGUAUAAAAAUGACAUUUAGCUAUUUUGCGUGGCGUCAUGUGCAGGAUUAUUUCCCCAGAAGUAGAAAUGGUCCGACAUAAUGAUCCUCUGAAAAACAGCUAACUGUCAUUUUUACACUUUUUACAGAGCCAAGAAACAAGAUGUAAUGUGACAUUGAGCUUUAGAGGUGCCCCCUGGCUGUAGCUUUGGAAUUACCUUCUCAUCCAAUGCUCUGCCAGAAAGCGAAUACACAUUUUUUAAAUGUGAAACCUUUCCUCUAAAAUGGGCUGAUAUGCAAAGGGAUUUUUUUGCAUUUGUGUGUGUGAUACUGUGACUAUAAUUAUAUCAGAGGCUAACCACUUAAUUUCUGAAAUGACUGGUAUCCGAUGUGAAUGUUUGCAUGUACUUAUGUGGAGAUGUUGCCUGUCCGGGGGAGACUGACAUGAGUCUUUUUGUUUGUCACCUAUCUAUACAGGCUUCUCAUCUUCCCAACUCCCCAAUCCCACGUUGCUGGUUUUUCUUGAACUGCUGUAAAGGUUGUUUUAAUUGCACAUGGUGGGUGUUUUUUUUUUAAUAUGCAACUGUCAAUUGUCUGAAUCUGGAAAUGUUCAUGUCCUAUUGUGUAUUAGUCCUUCCAUUUCAUAGAUUAAACAUUUUGUACUUUGUUACUUAAAAAUCCCCAGUGCCUAAAUAUUUUGUCUUUAUACCACUGUUAACACUGAACCUCUUGAUUGACUGGAAACGCUGUCUUAUGUGAGUAUAACUGUAAAUAUUUUGAUGUACAUGUCCAUAUUCUUUUAUAAUUUAAAUGAUAAUCUGGUGCUUUCUGUCCUCAGAAUACAGUUCUGCUCAUGCACUGCA